AGUCUGGAAAAAAGGAGGGACGACUUCAUCCCGUCUGGCUUUACUCUGUUGUGGAAGCCAUUUUGGGAUUUUCCUUGUACUAAUCUUGAGUCAAACUCCUAACUUUUGCCUAUUCCCACGAAGAUCGAGGAUUUAGGAUCUGUUGUUUGGAUGCGCAGUUAUUUCCGUUUUUUUGUGUGUUUCAUCUUUAAAUUCCCGUCGAGAUGCGGCGCGGAUUUUGCGCAUCCUUGAACCGGAUUGUCAUUUCCGAACGGGACUACGUUCAAAACAACAAGAGAUUAUAGAAACUGAGGGUCAAACUGGCAAGUGCUGGGAUAUUUCCUUGUUAUUUAUGAUUUAAUUCAAGUCCUAUGCACAGAUAUAUUUAUAUUUUAAGUGUAUUUUAGAAUCCAAUCUUUGGUGGACAGUCAGUGAAGCUCCUUUCUUUCCAAACUCUUGACAGAAAACAUGGCCCUGGAUUAACUGUCAUUCCCUCAUCCGGGGCUUUAUUUCUGUAAGAAAUAUGAUAUAUAAUACAAUCCUUAAAAUGUAAACACUAGUUAAGUGCGUAGAAACCCCUUUACGCGUUUAGAUAAAAUAACUGCGCUUAUACGGUGGAGCAAUCCAAGGCUGUGUGUGUCAAACCCUAGUGAGCUGCCUACAUAGUCAGCAUUGUAGACUCCUUCUGAACAAUGAAAUCGAGUUAUUACUUCUCGUGCAUCGAAUCGAAAGUUCUGUCAGAAGCAUACACGGCUCGAUUUUAACGACUGCGAUUCCCAAAUGUGCUGUCUAUUUAGGCGGCUCACUAGUUUUUGAGACGCAGCCAAUGUUGCAAUCCCAAAUGUAGCAGACACGUCAAAUCUGGAGAGCUGUGCGUCUAUCUUGUUUAUAAAUGCAAAUGCACCUUUUCCACAAGAGAUAGCGCUGCAGGUGCGCGUGAAGGUUUGACAACUGAUCAAGAAGACAUAAAUCAGGACUUUUUUGUCUUGUGUUUAUGCACAAAAGAAAGGAGCUCAUGGUUUUUGUUUUUCCACCGUUGACUUGUUUUAUUACACUAUUGUGUCUGAUACAUUGCUGUGCUUGUUUGGGCUUGUGAAACGUGCGUUUUAGACCAGAAAAAAAAAGGUGGGAAAGAUUUUCUCUGGACGUUCAGCCUGUCUCUUAGGUGUUGGAGAGUGGUUUCCUGGAUCUCCUCUGGUUUUGAGAAUGUCGAAGCAUGCAUUUAGAGGAAAGCGUGCUCAGCGAGUAACCAUGGAUUUUUCCCCUCUGCACACGUAUACUCCUCCUCACUGUACUCCAGAUAACACGGGAUAUACCUAUUCACUCAGCUCAAGUUACUCCACCGCAGCCCUUGAGUUUGAGAAGGAGCACCAAAUCAAUCCGGUCUACGACUCGCCCAGAAUGUCUCGCCGUAGUUUGAGACUACAGACCAGCAGUGGUUUUUACGGUGACACCAGCCUCACUGAGCUCACAGGGAAUCACAAAUCCUACAAGCAGACCAGCACCAGCAGCAGCAGCAGUGUCAGCAGGUCUGUGCGGAGCAGGAGGCAGCAGCAGGGCUCAUCCGUGUACGAGUCUCAGAGCGUGUCUCAGAUCGUGACCCCGACUGCUCAGAACGACCAGACCCUGUCAGAUUUGAGUUUCACCAGUACAGCCAGUGAUGCAUCUCUGAUCUCUAGCCUGCUGGAUCAGUCCACGCUCAGACAGAGCUCCACAACACACACGUACUCGGCACGGAGAAGAAGAAAUGCUCACAGCUCUCUGUUGGAGAAUGGAGACCUCAGUAAAACAGAGGCGCACACUUUUCUGGCUAACGGCUAUAUCUGUAAAGACUGCUCGUUCCACGCCGACGGGAAGGAGGAUGAAAUGGCAUGCUCCUUACCGUACUCCACAUCUGUGUCUUCAGCGUAUCAGACAGCUGCAGACGCCACUAUGACCACUUCUCUGAACAGUGUUGACAAGACAGCUCAUGACAGCUACUGUGGCAGUGUGAACGUGCGAGAUCUGGUGACCACAGACAGCCAUCUCAAUCUCAACGGCUCACUCUGUGAUGACUGUAAAGGAAAGCAGCACAUGGAGAUGCACACGGAGCACAAACACUAUUCCUACACCCGCCAUGUAUUCGCAGCCUUGUGGGCCCUUGUUUCUUAUACAGGUUACGGGCUUCUGCGGGUGUGCCGAGGUUUCGGCUCCGCCGGUGCAUUCGUGACUCAGAAGCUGAAGUCCGUUCUGUGGUUGGCAGUGUGUUCUCCAGGGAAAGCAGCGACCGGCGCCUUCUGGUGGCUGGGAACGGGAUGGUAUCAGCUGGUCGCGCUCAUGUCUCUGAUCAACGUCUUUCUUCUCACCAGGUGUCUGCCCAAACUACUGAAGCUUCUUCUGUUUCUGCUACCCUUACUCCUGCUGCUCGGAUUAUGGUACCUCGGUCCACCCUUCGCUCUGUCCUUCCUUCCGGCUGUAAACUUGACAGAGUUGAAAACAGCAGUCACCUCUUUCGCAUCACUUCCACCACUCCCUUCUCUUCCCUCUUUCCCAGCAUUCCCUUCUUUCACAAAAGAACCACUGGUUGAAGAACAACACAUCCCACCUCCGGUCGUCUCACAGACUGCAUCAGAGUCUAUUAGCAGCGAGCGUUUGGCUCGGCUCGAGCAGCGUGUUGCGGCGCUGUGGGAAAGUGUCCAGCAGGGGGAGCUGAAAGCCAAGCAGCAGCACGAGGAGGCCGUGGGUUUGGUUCAGUCCCUUCAGGAGCAGAUGAACACACGCACCGACAGAGAGAGUCUCAGCCUGUGGGUCUCUCAGCUCCUCGAGCCCAGGUUCACCACGCUUAAGGGAGAGAUGGAGAGAGACACGGUCAGCAGGGCGGAGACUGAGGAACAGCAUGUGCAGCAUCAGACGAGUCUUGAAGCUCGACUAGCAGAGCUGGAACUCCUGCUGAAGAACCUGAACUCUAGAACUGAGAAAAUCCAUCUAACACAGCAGACUCCAGUACAGGCUCCUGUCAGUGUUGGAGUCUCUCAGGAGAAGCAUGAUGCUUUGCUCUCUGAGGUUCAGAGGCUGGAAGCAGAGCUGGGCCGCAUCAGAGGAGACCUGCAAGGAGUGAUGGGAUGCAAAGGAAAAUGUGACCAACUCGACACCAUACAUGAAACUGUGUCAGCACAGGUGAAAGAACAGUUGUAUGUGCUGUUGUACGGUCGAGACCGAGGUGAAGCAGAGAUCCCCGAGCCCCUGCUGCCGUGGCUGGCAUCUCAGUACGUGCGCUCUUCUGACCUCACUGCGACCCUCAUGACCCUGGAGCGCAGCAUUCUGGGAAAUCUGUCCCUGCAGCUGCAGGAGAGCCAACAGCAGCAGUUCUCAGCUGAAACAAUUACUCAGACCGUUGCCCACACCGCCGGGGCUGCUGGGAUGUCAGAGGAGCAAGUCCAGCUGAUCGUCCAGCGCGCGCUGAAGCUGUACUCGGAGGAUCGCACCGGACAGGUGGACUACGCUCUGGAGUCUGGAGGUGGCAGUAUCCUGAGCACACGCUGUUCUGAGACGUACGAGACAAAAACCGCACUCAUGAGUCUGUUUGGGAUCCCGCUCUGGUACUUCUCGCAGUCGCCACGUGUCGUCAUCCAGCCGGACAUGUACCCAGGAAACUGCUGGGCAUUUAAAGGCUCCCAAGGUUAUCUGGUGAUCAGGCUCUCUUUAAGAGUGAUCCCUACCUCCUUCUGCCUGGAGCAUAUUCCCAAAAGCCUCUCACCCUCUGCAAACAUCAGCAGCGCACCUCGACGAUUCUCUGUCUAUGGGUUAGAUGACGAAUACCAGGAGGAAGGGAAACUGCUCGGUGACUACACUUAUCAAGAAGAUGGAGAAUCACUCCAGAUCUUCCCUGUUAUGGAGAAGAAUGACAAGGCCUUUCAGAUCAUUGAGAUGCGAGUGCUGUCGAACUGGGGUCAUCCCGAAUACACCUGUCUGUACCGCUUCAGAGUUCACGGCGCACCUCACACUCCGUGAUCAGGCCUCGCUGUACAUUACUAUAUAACCCUUUAUGUACAUACAGGAAACGCUCGGACUUGCUCGGAUGCAGCACGGACUAAACUGGGCUUGCAGCUACCUUUCUAAAACUUUAAUACGAAUGAUGGCCGAAACAGAGUUACAAGGAGCGCAGUGGGAAAGAGCAAUGUGUUUAAGCUAAAGGAUUCCCACUCGUUUCCUGCCCAAGUCCCUGUUCUUGCACUGAUUCAUGCCCUCACGGCUGGGCCUUGUAUUACGCUCCUGCCCCAUGCGCUCUCACACGUAGAGGUAUCUGUGCCUUCAGACAGAACAUGCUUCUCUCAUUCUGUGUACAUUGUUUGGUUUUCUGCAUGUAGAGAGCUGGGAGGUUCAGGACACACUAGUGUAAGUAUCCCAGCUUGACUUCAUCCUCGUCCACCGGUCUGCACGGUCACAGAGAGAGGCCAUCAGCUAGAAGAGAGACUUUACCAAUGAUAAACCACUAAACCCCACAAAACCUGAUGAGAUUAUGUCUGGAUCAUAUUCAUCCAAAAUAAAAUACAAAACAAAUCCUAUUUCAUGGUUGCUUCAAUUUUUUGCAUUGUGACACUAUUUUUACUUUUUCAAAAUUAAGCACAACAUUUUUUUUAAAAAAAUCUUAAGGCAAGCUUUCUCAUUAUUAUUAUUAUUAUUAUUAUUAUUAUUAUUAUUAUUAUUAUUAAUUAAUUAAAUAAAAAAAACUAGUUAUAGCAUUUUCUCAACAGCUUUUCAAUUUGUACUCAUUUGAUUUUUUUAUUGUAAUAAAGUAAAUAAAAAAAUACUGUUAUACAGAAAUAUAUAUAUAUAUAUAUAUAUAUAUAUAUAUAUAUAUAUAUAUAUAUAUAUAUGAUAGAAUAUGACCCAGACAACUUCUCACCCAACAGGCACUUCAUUUAAUGCUUUUUAAAGGUUUAUUUAUUCUCAUAAUAGUCAUAAAUUGCAGGAGACACUAGUUUGACCUCCGAUGGUUUUCCAGAGAAGUCAAUGGAUGUUUAUGGACCGCAUGUGGACUAAUACGUGUACAUUUGAACAAAACUAGUCAUUAAACACUCACUGUUGUUUGUUUCUCAUAAGUAGUCAUAUCUCAGUCACGAUACUCUGCAGGAAUGUAACUUAUUGUAAUUAGACCUUUUUAAUCGACUUAUAUCAGUGUUUAUUUUACAUAAAGGGGUGCGCCCUGUCAUUGUCAUCAUUUUCCUUUUUAUUGUGUUUUUAAGCAUCUUAGUUAAAGUAGACAAUGCACUGUUAUGUCUUUCUAAAGGAAAUGUAAGUUGCACAAGUCCUGUAUGAUUCAUUGGAUCUGUUUAAAAAGGCAGGGGUUGGUUUAUUCAACGCUGUGUUGAACUAAAAGAGUCCGUUUGUAAAAUACUAUUGAUUUGUUCAUGACUAUUUAUUUGAUGGAAAUUUAGCUAAGAAAUAGGACUUUGUGCGGUGUGUUUUUGUAAAAUGCUUUUCGGUGCAUAUCGGUCUGUUUAUAUUUAGUUUUUUUUUUUUUUUUUGUGGUUAUAAAAUGGCUACAGUACUAUGAGUUGUAUCAGUAAAGAAUUGUAAUUUUGA